AUGGCCGCUACCGAGAGCCCUGUUCUCGAUGUAGAGAGGCACAUCAAGUACUGGAAGCGCUGCCACGGCAGCUUUCUGCCUGCCCCGUACACCUCCAACGACUCCACCCGGCUCACACUCGCCUGCUUCAUCGUCUCGUCGCUGGACUUGCUGCGGUCGCCGCUCACAGCGCCAGAACGUGCUGCGAUCCGGACGUGGGUUCUCAGCCUGCAGCAUCCAGACGGUGGCUUCUGCGGAAGCGCGACGCACGCACCCGCCGGAGCCUCGGCGGGCGACGCCAACCUUGCGGCCACCUUUUUUGCGCUCGUGCUCCUCGCACUAGCGGCUGUCGGCACGGGCUCGGAGAGGGAUGAGCAGAAUGCAUUUGCUGGUGUUCAAAGGAGACAACUGCUUAUUUGGUUGAGGCGACUGCAAAGGGACGCGGACGGUGCAAUGGGACAGGUAUUGUGGGAGGGAGAGUCUGUGGGCGGGCAUGAUGUACGAAACAGCUACAUGGCGGCGGGUAUUCGGUGGAUGAUGAGAGGGGAUCUGGACAAACAGGAUGAGAGGUGGGUGGAGGAUUUGAAUCUUGAGAAGCUGGUCAAGUUCAUCUCUCAGACGCAGACACAUGAUGGUGGCAUGGGCGAGACAACGUCACAUCACGAGUCGCAUGGUGGUUAUACAUUUUGCGCACUAUCCACGCUGAGUUUGCUUUCCCGACCCGCGUCGACAGGCAAGAGAACGGAAGCAGCAGACAAGCACAUCCCGGACAGCGCACAGCUCCUCAAGUUUCUAUCCCAUCGGCAGUUCAUAUACCACGCUGACGAAGAAACGGCGCACGAGGAUGACGAGGAGAACUUUAUCGAAAAGGAGCUCGCGCAGCUGCAACUAGACGGCCCGCCUACCUUUGUCGGCUGCAACGGCCGCUGGAAUAAAAAGGCAGACACCUGCUAUUUCUGGUGGGCAGCCGGUGCGCUAUCGCUCCUCGACAGAGAGUCGAUGCUGCGCCGGGAACCGGCCAGCAACUACCUGACGGGCAUCACGCAGCACCGCAUCGGAGGGUUCGCCAAGACGACGGGGGCGCCGCCGGACAUUUACCACUCGUACCUGGGACUGACGGCGCUGGCGGUCAUGGGCGAGCCCAAGCUCAAGGAGCUCGACGCCGAGCUGUGCUGCAGUGCCGAGGUGGCGGCUUGCAUCGCCAAGGCGCGAGACGGCCUGCUGGCGGCGGAAAAGGCGGAAGCUGCGAUGGAUUGGGAAAAUGACGGAUUCUGGUAG